GACCUGGCGAAGAAGUUCUCGCUCGACGCCCAGGCGGCGGCCAAGCUGGCCGAGGUCUUGUCGAAGCGCGACAACCGCAGCAAGGACCUGAGGCAGAUCGCGAAGCACCUCGAGCUGUCGAACAAGCCGUCCUCGCUGGUGAUGCUGAUGCUGAAGGACCUGCGCGCGGGGAUCUCGGUGAAGGACCCCGAGUACCCCGCCGCGGUCGGCAGUUAUGCCCACAAGCGGGGCCUAACCAACCGCAGGCGCAGCCGCAGCAGAGACCGCGACAAGCGACGGCGCAGGAGCGACAGCAGCAGCAGCCCGCCGCCGCCCGAGGCUGCCGCGAGCGCGGGCGCGCCGCGCAGGAGCCCUGCGAGGGGCGGGCCCGGCCAAGGGACGCCUGGCGGACCGACGCGGCCUAUGACGCUGCUGGAGCGCUUCGGCUGA